AUUCCUCAUGCGCGUGAAGUUGGCAACACUGGAGCUAGUCUUUGCUAGCUAGCCUCCAGUUAGCUUGCAGCUAGCUUAACAAAACUGCUCAGAAACUGUCCCUAAUGACUUAUUUUUUCAUAGUUAUUUAGCUGACACGGUGAAAAGCGGUUUAUUUAGUUAAUAUUUCGAAUAAUUUCCAUAACGUUAGCUUGAUAAACAUCGAACUGGUGAAGACGCUAAAAUAGAUAGCUUUAAAAAAUCAACACCGGCUCUUUAAUCAAUCAGUUUUUGUCCUUUAUGUGUUCAGACUGAAGAAUAACACGUAAGUUGUUCGGCAGCGUUUGUUUAUUCGUUUUAAUGAGUUGUUAACUAUUAGCUAGCCGCAGUGCUGUUGUUGUUUUUGGGGCGUUUGCGUUCUAAAUUAGUGUCUCUUCCUGACAACAAAGCACAGGUGUGGUAACUUCACGUUUUACUGGACUGCUGACACGUUUCCUGAAGCAUUCACGUCAAAGCCGAAAGCACUACAUGAUGCUUAUAUAACUCAUAUAGUCAUAGAGAUGUUUUAUGAGUUCAGGAUUAAUAUAACUAUCUUAUAAGUCUAUAAGCGAAUAAGGUUUUAACCUAAAAACAAAAAAAGUCAUGUCGGCUGUCGUAGGACAAGUUUGGUCAUGGAUCAAUCCGGGGAACUUGUAUCACCCUUGGGUUCGUAAACCCGAAAGUCCUACAGUUGAGGUUCAGGAGAAAAGCAGAUGGAGUCUGGGAGGGGUAACGUCUUGGGUUUGGGGCGGGUGGAGAAAACAAUGUGACCAAAAAGCCCCACCUGAGGAAUUCUGGGAAGCUCAGGAGGAGAUUCUCAAACCUUUAGAAGUAGAAGAUGUGAAGGCAGAAAGGGUCGAGAUGCCUCUUUCGCGAAGUCCUAGACAAUGGUGGAAACGUUUAAUCAGUCCUGCAUUUUAUUUAUGGCCAAGUUCAUCCAAGGGCAGUGGACUCAGUCAGAGGAAGAGCACCUGGAAUGAAGGAUUGUGGGAUUCCGAUGGGAAAGAUGCCGAUUUUUCCGAUUACGGAACUCCUCCUCCGUCACCUGUGCCCCUUCCUCGAAGAUCGCUGGCGUUCCGCUUCUUUGCUCGGUCGUGGGCUGGAGAAAUUCUCCCAGAGCAUUACGAGAUCUGUUUCAAUUUCAUUCGCCACCUAUUCGACCUGUUUGUUGUUGGCUUCCUGUGGACAGUUUCGCCUCCUGCCAAGUUAGUCCUGGAUGUUCUUGGUGUCCAGGGUGCACUGAAGCUGUGGCUCCAUGGCAUGGCCAUGUUCCUUGUGUGCUCUGUAGGAAUGGCUGGCCUGCUGUGGCUGGUUCAGGAGUACCUGCCUCAGUUCGCACUGGUUUAUGGCAUUGUCCAGGCAGUGGUCAUUUCCGUCAGCGUGCGACAGAGUGUGAUAUUGGGGACCGGAGAAGAUGGGAAAGAAGAAGAGGACAGCGAGAAAGAAACAGAAGAUACUUUGGCACAGAGUCAAAGCAGUAGCGCUGCCUGCAAGAGCAUGAAUGUGUCUUGAAGACAGAAAGUCUUUGGGCUGUGAGGAGACAUUACAAACUGACCACUUGAGCACAAAGUCGGUACACGUGCCAAAUGACGUUGAUUAAGUCUUUAUGAAGAUAUUACAAUCAGCGUUCCUAAUUUUUCUUCAAUUUAUUCACACGUCGACUGGAGAAAAGCUUGAACGUAAAGGAGCGUCGUAUCCUUUUACAGACAAAAGUGCGCAUCUGAGCAGAAGUGUGCAUCUUUCAUCAGCAUUUUGGAAAGUUGCCAGCGAGAUUCUUUUUUAGUACAAAACGCAGAGAAACGAUAUUCUGUGUGAUUUUUAUGUGUACUUACACACCACAUCUAUCAUCACAAAGGCUUUAGACAUUAUUACGUCACUCAUUCCCAAGAAAGCGGACUUACUUUUGACUCCGUGGUACACACUUGCCGGGACCUGGUUGCAUUAUUGCUAUAUGUUUUCACAAACAUUUCUAUUAUUAUAUAUGACUUAUUUAACAUCUGUGUGUUAGCGGGGUUUGUGUAUUCGUCUCAGAGUUCAGCGUUUUGUGUUCCAUUCAUAUUCAGAUGUUUUGAAUAUUUACUACAAAUGUUUUUCAUUGUACAACAUAUCAGAAACCUGUGCCUCAGUACGACCCGUUAGGGUUUGUGUAUUAUAAAUGUUACACACUAACACAUCUUUACAUUAUUUUAGAUGUCUGUUUCCUUGCACCUCUUGAUGUCUGUUUUUCUUUUCUAUGACUAGAGUAGUUCAGAGCAUGAUCAGUGGUAAGAUGUUUUAAUAAAAACCUUUCAGCAAGAAUAUCUUUACUGAGAAAUAUUUGCAACAUGUUCUGUUCAUGUCAACAACUAGUUAAUGCACUUUAAGGUUUUUUUUUUUCUUUCUUUUUUGGUGAGUUUUAUGCAUUUGCACUGCUCAUUAAAGUGCAGGAUCACUGUACGAGUCAGAUGAGAAGAAAUCUGCUGUGUAAACUAGGAACAAUCGCUACGCCCUUUCUGAGAAAGGGAACAUGAAUAGAUAAAUACGUGUAAUGUACAUGAGAUCUUUCGAAGUUCUUAAAUGAUCACUGAUCAGCACAUUAAGCCUGAAAUAUUUGCUGAAAUAAAUCUUUGUUGUUGUUUUCUCAAGUAUACAUGAA